AUGUGUAUCAACUGUAUCCGCAACCAGGUCGAUAUCACCGAGGGCAUCCCCAAGCACGCCACCAUCUGCUUCUGCCGCAACUGCGAGCGCUACCUUCAGCCACCUAUGCUUUGGGUCUCCUGUCAAUUAGAAUCCAGGGAACUCCUUGCCCUGUGUCUAAAGAAGCUGAAGGGCCUGAACAAGGUCCGACUGGUCGACGCAGGAUUCAUCUGGACAGAGCCCCACUCGAAACGCAUCAAACUCAAGCUGACAAUUCAAAAGGAGGUCUUCACGUCGACGAUUCUUCAGCAGAUUUUCGAGGUCGAGUUCGUGGUCUCGCAUCAGCAAUGCGACGACUGCGCUAAGGUCAUGGCCCAGAACACCUGGAAAGCUAUGGUUCAGGUUCGCCAGAAGGUUGAUCACAAGCGCACAUUCCUGUACCUGGAGCAGUUGAUCAUCAAGCACAGCGCACACAAGGAUACUAUCAACAUUAAGGAGUGCAAGGACGGAAUUGACUUCUAUUAUGGCUCCCGAUCCCAUGCGCUCAAGAUGCUCGAAUUCCUAACUGCGAUCACGCCUCUGAAGAGCAAGGCCUCAGAGCAGCUGAUCUCUACGGAUAUCCACUCUGGAACCUCGAAUUACAAGUUCAGUUACUCAGUUGAGCUGGUUCCCAUCUGCAAAGAUGAUCUGGUUUGCUUACCUCCCAAGAUCGCCAAGGCCAUGGGUAACAUCAGCCCCCUGGUCAUCUGCUAUAGGAUCGGAAACUCUGUCCACAUCAUGGAUGUCAACACCCUCAACGUUGCCGAGAUCUCAACACAGACCUACUGGCGCACACCCUUCAUGGCAUUAGCAUCGGUCAAACAGAUGGUCGAGUACUAUGUUCUGGAUGUCGAGCCUUGCGGACCCGUCCGUGGCAAAUACGUCUUGGCAGACAUCCAGGUCGCGCGUGCACAGGACGUUGGACGCAACGACACAACGUUCUUCGCCCGGUCUCAUUUGGGAGGUAUUUUAAAUCCCGGCGAUUCUGUCAUGGGUUACGACAUUGGAUCCUCGAAUUUCAACAACGACGCCUUUGAUGCCCUUCACCGUGGUUCAUUGCCCGAUGUCAUUUUGAUCAAGAAGGCCUAUCCAAAUCAUCGCAAGCGCAACAAGGGUCGCAACUGGGAGCUCCAGCAGCUGCGAAAGGAGGAAGAAGAAAUGACCCCUCGCAAGCAGGACCAGGAACGUCUCGAGCAAGACUAUGAGAUGUUCUUGCGUGAUCUGGAGGAGGAUCCUGAGCUUCGUGCUACCGUCAACCUUUACAAAUCUGACAAGGUCAAGAAGAGCACCGAUCAUGCUAUGACCGAGGAUGAGUCUGACUUUGAGGAGGAGGACUUCCCCGAGAUUCAACUAGACGAGCUGCUCGACAGUCUCAAGCUGGAUGAUGGACCUGACGACGAAUACGUGGGCGAGGACGACGAGGAUAUGAUGAUGGACUAA